AUGGCGCUGAAGAGAAUUAACAAGGAACUCACGGAUCUCGGCCGUGACCCACCGUCUUCCUGCUCUGCUGGCCCUAUCGGAGAUGAUCUGUUUCACUGGCAAGCUACCAUCAUGGGACCUUCGGACUCACCAUACUCUGGCGGUGUCUUCUUCCUUGCGAUCCACUUCCCUACCGAUUACCCCUUCAAGCCACCAAAGGUCAACUUCACCACUCGGAUCUAUCACCCCAACAUCAACUCCAACGGUUCUAUCUGUUUAGAUAUCCUCCGUGAUCAAUGGUCCCCAGCCUUGACAAUCUCCAAAGUUCUCCUCUCCAUAUGCUCCAUGCUGACCGACCCCAACCCCGACGACCCACUCGUCCCCGAGAUCGCCCACGUCUACAAGACCGACCGCAGCCGAUACGAAGCCACUGCUCGCGAAUGGACCCGUAAAUAUGCGAUCUAG